GGCGGGGAGCUGCGGUGAAGCGGCGGUGACACGUAAGUGCGGGGCCGGGGAAGUUUCCUUUGUUCAGGUGGCGGCCGAACCGGGUCGGGCCGGAGGAGCCGCCCGAGGAGAGCAGGGAGCCGCCCCUCGCCCCGCAGCCACAGCGCCGGGGGCCGCCCCCUCCCGCCGGCCGGGCGGCGCAGCAUGCGGGCCGGCUCCGCCUGGAGGUGCGGGGCCCGCAGGCUGCACGAGGCCGCCCGGGGCGUCGCGGCGGUGCCCCGGGGCUGAGGUGCUCGGCCGGCCGCACCCCGCCUCGUUCUCACCCCCGGUGCGGAUCCUGGGCCGCCGAUGUCUCCGCCUCAUCGCCGCCGCCCGCCGCCUCCCGCUGCUGAGCCGUGAGGGGCGGGAGAGCCGGGACCCCUCCGGGGACAUGGGCAACGGGAUGUGCUCCCGAAAGCAGAAGCGGAUUUUCCAGACCCUCGUGCUGCUGACUGUGGUGUUCGGCUUCAUCUACGGGGCGAUGCUGUACUACGAGCUGCAGAGCCAGCUGCGGAAGGCUGAGGCCACGGCGCUCAAGUACCAGCAGCACCAGGAGUCCCUCUCGGCCCAGCUACAAGUUGUAUAUGAGCACAGAUCCAGAUUAGAAAAAUCACUGCAAAAGGAAAGGCUUGAACAUAAGAAAGCAAAAGAAGAUUUUCUUGUUUAUAAACUGGAAGCACAGGAAACUCUAAAUAAAGGAAGGCAAGAUUCAAAUAGCCGAUACAGUGCACUGAGUGUCCAGCACCAGAUGUUGAAGAGUCAACACGAAGAACUAAAGAAACAGCACGCUAACCUUGAGGAGGAUCACCGAAAACAAGGGGAAGAGUUCAGCAGGACAUUCAGUGAUCACAAGCAGAGAUACUUAGAACUGCAGCAGGAAAAAGAGCAGGAGAUCUCUAAGCUGAAGGAAUCCCUGUAUAAUUUACGGGAGGAGAACAGACAGUUGAGAAAAGCUCACCAAGAUGUUCAUACCCAGUUACAAGAUGUAAAGCAACAGCAUAAGAACUUACUCUCCCAGCACAACCAGCUUGUAGUGACAUUGGAAGACCACAAGAGUGCACUAGCUGCUGCACAGUUAAUCAGGACAGAGAAGUAUCCCUCUGGAAUGAUGAAAUCCCAGGUGGAGGAAUACAAACAGCUGAAGGACACACUGAACAAAAUACCAAGUUUCCGCCAAUCUGAGAAGUCGGAACCAAACAAAGAACCAGAGGUGCAGGCGCCAUCUCCUCACAGUGACCUCCCACAACACCACAGAGCUGGAGAGCAUGAAGAGAGUGAGAAGCCAAAAGAGAGAGAAGAAAUAAAUACCCAGGAGAGAGAUGACAGAGCUGAGUCUUUUCAUCUACAAAGAAGGGCUAACGAGGGCCAGCAUGCCAAAGAACUAAAUAUUCAGGAGCAACAAGAAGCUGGAGAGGAUGACGAUCAACGUGUUGAUCAGGCUGAAGAGGAACGCAAAAAAGAACUUGAAGAAGAAGAAAUGGAGCAGGCAGGUCAGCCUCAGCACUUAGAAGAGGAACAGGACCAAGCACCAGAAGAGCAUGAGUGGAAGAAACAGGAACAGAAAGAAGAAGAAACCAACAUACUGGGUGAAAGUCUUCCAUCAGAGGUAACACCAACAAAAGCUGUCACAAAAAGAUAUAAACCAGCCUACGAACAGCAGCUGGAGCAGCAACAGCUUGCAGCCCAAAGAGCAGAGGAAGCCAAUCAGCUCAGGGAACAUCAGGAAUCGCUGCACCAGCAAAGACUUCAAACGCAGCUAUUACGGCAGCAACAGCUUCAAGAAAAAGAGCUUCAGCUACAGAGAGAGGCAGAGCAAGGAGAAAAAUUCUAUAAGAACCGACUGAGGUUAAAAUCUUUUAUGUAUGUUUGUAAUGGACUGGGCAUUGCAUGUCAGCAGGCUCGUUAUGAUAACAUGGACCAUGAUAUUGUACAAGGGGAAGAAGAGCAAGGUAUUCAGGAAGAAGAAGGAGCUUAUGAACAUGACAACCAGCACCGGGAUGAAGGUGAGGAUGAGGAUCAAAACAACGCAAAUGAACAGCACGAACCAGAACAUCAAGGAGAAAAUCAGCAGGCUGAUGAAGCAAAGGAAGCCAUGGAAGAUGUGAACCCUGCUGAUGACCCUAAUAAUCAGGGAGAAGAUGAAUUUGAGGAGGCUGAACAAGAGAGAGAAGAAAAUUUACCAGAUGAAAAUGAGAAGCACAAGCAGAACAGUGAGAAACAAGGGCAUCCCGGAGUGGAAGAGCACCUAGUGAUGGCAGGAAAUCCUGACCAGCAGGAAGAUAAUGUGGAUGAGCAAUAUCAGGAAGAGGGCGAGGAAGAGAUUCAGGAAGAUUUGACUGAGGAGAAGAAACGAGAACUGGAGCGCAAUGCUGAGGAGCCAUAUGGUGAAAAUGAUGAAAACGGAGAUGAAAAGAAUAAUGGAGAAACAGAUCAAGAGCAAGAAAUGCAAGAUGAGAACAACCCUCAGAAGGAAGUUCAUGAGGAAAAUUAUGAGGAGGAAGAAGAGGAAGAGGAGGAACGUGGAGCUGCUGCAGCAAAAACACGGAGACGAGGGGAGAUGUAGUCCUCACUUUUUGGUAGCACACACAUUCCUGAGUUUAAGAAAAACCUUUUUGGGAUAUUUAAAUCCCAAGAGAACUUUGUGUUUUACUCUUGUUACUUUUCUAUUAGAUGCUCUCAUACGUUUAUAUGAAUACAGUAUUUUGAUACUCUAGAUUAGGAUUUCUUUUCUAUUAAAGAUGUACAUAAGCAGACAUCAUGCAGGUUUCAUUUUUCAUCCUUCAGGGCAUGUUUUAAGAGGCCAAUCCGUGAUACAUUUCCACUUUAUCCAAGCCUGACGAACACUUGGUCUAAUUCCAGAUAUGCUCAACAUCUGAAGGAAUACAUCUAGUGCCUAAACCCAGUCAGCAUUAGUCAAUCCAGCUCUGUCUUCCUUGACACCACUCGUGACUAAUGGCUGGCCAGCUACCUGUCCGAGGCACAACCUGCAGUGCUCCUGAAGGCCCACAGGUAGUUUCAUUCAUUACAACCUCAUGGGAUUCUUCAAAUCCUUGGAGAUGAGCACAUACCCAGCUGUUUGUGGGACCAAACCUCUUACAGAUGCGGGACAGUUAUAAAAUAUGCAAGUUUUACAAGCCUUCAAAAUACAGCCAGGUUAACAGCUGUUCAUUUUGGCAGCUGUUUAUAUACAGCUAAAUUAUGCAUUUAUUUUAAUGAGCAUGCCUAGGUACUUCAAUUACAUGCACUACAUAGCAGAUAACGUAAAUGGUGCUAUGCUGAGAUGCCAGCUAGGAACCGAUUUAGACUUGAUGAUCCUUCAUGACAAAUCAGAACACUACAGCUGUCACAUGAAUUAAGAUUUACAGAAGGAACAGUUCUGUCAUCCUAGCUAAUAUAUUAAAAAUGUGACCUACCAACUGUACUUAGAUCACCUUCAUGUCAUGCUUUCUGGAGACUGGAGAGAGGGUUAAGGCAUUCAAAAUGAGUUGGUGUGAUUCACCACCAGAUGUUGGACUGAAGCCUUUACCUUCUUUUACUUAAUUAUUUUUAAGUCUAAGCCAGAAGAAUUUCUGUGUCCUCCGGUGUGAAAAAUCAGAUGAGAGACAAAUCCCACAGAAGUUUUUUGAACGGCAGCAUCUCUAGCACUGCAUGUAACAGAAAAGGGGUGGGGAAUGACACAAAAACGGUGCCUUGGUGUGAGCUACUAUGAACAUAAUCACAGUGCAUGAAUAUAUACAAUAUUUGUAUUGGUACAGACUGUAGUUAUUUAAUAUAUGUUUUAAGGAGAGUGGGAAUCAGGAUUUCCUAGGCCAUGCCCCAUUGCUGGAAAUGAGGCACGCAGUAGCUCCCCUUAGGAAGUGUGUGUUAAUAUAUAAAAGGAGAAAGUUUGGGAUUUUUCCCUUUUUAAACAACAACGCUUAGCAACCGUUUCAGUUUAACUUCUGUUAUGAAUGUAAUUUAAUUCAUUUUUCUACUAACUCAAUUACGUUAUGUUUUACAGUUGGUUUCCAUUCCCGGUAAUAUUCCUGAAUAUCUCAGACACAGUGCUUAUGUUUCAUAGGAAUAUUUUUGUCAGCAAGUACUUUGGGUUUCCAGUUACCACACAUCAGAGUUACCUUAUGUAUAAAUAAAAGUUUACAUGAUACUGUAAAAUGUAUAAUAUGUACAUAAUCUGCAGAAUACAAUUAUUUUGGUAAAUUGGCCUGUAUUUUUAAUGUCACUGUUGCAGUAUUUAAUUAUUUGAGGCAUAAUAAAACUUGACAGCAGUCAAUAAACUAGAA